UGAAAUUAAAGUACUGUGAAAUGCAACUGUGCACCUGUUGGCUACAUUACUUACAGUAGUCAGUGUUGGAAUCUACAAACUCCAUUUUUCAGUCAGUGUAGCAAUGCAGUACGUCAACACCGAGGACAGCAAAUGAAGAAAAUAAAGGAGGUGGAGCCACUACAUAUGGUGCCCUCAUGGAUAGCAGCUGCUUUACCUCCUGACUCAUGGGACUGGAUUGAUGGCACGACAUGGGCUAAUCUGACUGGGUUCAUGAAGUGGCUACAAAACAACAGACUGCCAAGUACAGCUGAUUAGACCAGCCUUCUCACAUGGUCUCUGUUAUUCAGCAUAUUGUCAUAAAUUUCACAGAUUUUGCUGAUAUUGCCUUUCAUCAGUGCCAUUGAAGAAGCUAUCCGACAGCUAUCAGAGGAUUCAGCUAAAGAAAUCAGACAUGAAAGCCACCAAGCAAUUAUGAAAUAUCAUCCACAAAGGAGUAAUGUUUCCAAGGAAGAGAGAUUUGUGAUACACAAGUUGUGUGAGGAUACUGACACAGUCAUCCUGCAUGUUGAUGAAGUGUAAUGGUGAAUUUUACAAGCAGAUUGAUGGAGCUGCUAUGGGAAGCCCAUUCUCCCAUCUGUUGGCUAAUUUAUUCAUGGAAGACUUUGAGGACAAGGUAUUGGACUCAGCAGGUUUUAAACCAGCGGUCUUUUGGAGGUACUCGGAUGACACAUUUGUAGUAUGGCUGCACGGGAUGGAUGAAUUACAUCGAUUUCUUGAGAAUAUAAAUUGUAUCCGUGCUGGUAUCAAAUUUACUAUGGAAACAGAAAAAGAUGUCUGCCUCCCCUUUUUGGAUGUUGUCGUUCCCUGUAAAGUUGACAGUACAUUUGGACAUGCCGUAUAUUGUACACCUAUACAUGCAAAUCCUUAUCUACUUGCCAGUGGUGGCCAUCACCCUUCGCAGACCAUAGGCUUCCUUAAGACCUUACUGCUUUGGGCACACUGUCUAUUGUCUAUCCAAUAAAGAGAUAGUUUGCAAGAAGAGCUCAGAUACCUCAAGGGCAUUUUUAAAGUGAAUGGAUUUUCUCCACAACAAAUUCAUUGAGCAUUCAAUGUAAAACCUAGAGUGCAGGUAUGUGAUGGGGAAGAAGAUAGCAUUUCCUAUAGAUCAAGUGCAUUUUUGUUGUAUGUGGGUGCUCUUUCCUCAAAGGCAGGCUUUACUCUCGAGAAACACUGUGUUAAGGUGAUCUUCUGGCAUCUCACAAAGAUUGCAGCUUUGGUUGGUUAUGUAAAGGAUGAUUUACUGCUAUGUAAGGUGUGUGUGUAUCAGAUUCCUUGUGGAAAUUGUGAGAAGUCAUACAUUGGCCAAACAACAUGCACCAUUCAUGAGAGAUGUGUGGAACAUCAAAGAUACACACAGUUAUCACAGCCAGACAAGUCAGCCAUGGCCGAACGUAGUACUGAUACAGGGCAUUCCAUGAACUUCAGUGAUGUGAAGUUUCUAACAUCCACCUCUUUGUUUUGGGAUUCUGUCUUCAAGAGAUUAGAUUAACUAACAAUUUAAUAAAUGGAGAUAAUGUUUUUAAUUUGGACAAAGCAUGGAAUACAGUUCUUGAGAUAAUUAAACUGCAGAGAAGUCGUCAUAGUGUUAUCACCACUGAAUAUACAUUGAUAAGCAAAUCGAACAUAUGUACACCUUCACCACAUGCAGCAUAUGUGUAAGUGCAUCUCUUUGCUGUUUACCAGCAUCUGUAACUCCCAGGCACAUACUGCCAUGUUGCAGCAUAUAAUUUGUGCUUGGCAACUUGUCACUUUUGUGACUAAGGACUGUCAGACGAUACAUGAUCGAAACAUCAGUGGUAGAAAUUUUAUUUAUGUAGCUGCAUGCCCAAAAUUUAAUGGACUAUUCAUUAGGCUGUGAAAAAUUGAAAAAGUCUAUUGAAUUAAAUUAUUUUUUUGUUUUUUUCUUUUCUUAUAUAUAUGAGCUACAUGUAAACAGAAUGGGUUAUAGACCCCACCAAAUAUAAUACACUCUCCAGUUCAUUAGUUCCUGUAUCUUCACCCUUUUCUUUCAAUAAGUGGUAGUGCACCGACGUAUGCUUGGAUUCGUCAUACCAGCAUCAUUAAAAAAUGUGUAUUUUAACCAUACAUUAAAAGUGCUAUAUAAAGUUAUUAGAAAAGCAAAAUUGAUUUGCACAUUUAAAACAUCCACUCCUAUCUGUUCAUCAUUUCACUCACUGCUGAGAUCCUGCAUCAAGAGUUUCGGAGCAGACAAGAAGAAUUUUACGCGAUAUCCUGGAUGAGCGAUUCUGCAUUGACAUUGUCAUAAUCAAGACUAAACACAAUGGAAUUAAUGUGAAUUAGCAUGUAAUGCAAAUUAUGAAUAUUGACCUAGAAUUUGAUAAUUUUGAAGGUCU